CCAGCCAGCAACUCUGGGUAAUCCUCUCAGCCUUGGAACAGCCGUCGAGGAAGUUGCGGGCCUGUUCGAUCGACGAUGUGACCUGGUAACGAGGAGUUCUGCCUCAAUCAGCAAUCCGUCAGUCAGUGGUCUAGAGUGAGAACGAGAGAGUGCCCACCAUGGCGGCGUUUCCAGGCGCCGAAGACUUUGUUGUCGGCCUCAUCGGCAUGGGCGACAUGGGCAAGAUGUAUGCCCGCCGGCUGAGCAGUGCUGGCUGGAGGAUUAUGGCGUGCGACAGAGAGGACAAGUACAACGAGCUCGUCGCAGAGUUUGCCAACCAUAAAAAUAUACAGAUUCUCCGCAACGGUCACCUGGUGUCUCGAGCCAGCAACUACAUCAUCUACAGCGUGGAGGCGGCGGCCAUCGGCCGCGUGGUUGCCGAGUAUGGUCCAUCGACCCGGCUCGGCGCCAUCGUGGGCGGCCAGACGUCAUGCAAAGACCCCGAGAUCAAGGCGUUUGAGGAGCACCUCCCGAGCGACGUCGACAUCGUCUCGUGCCACUCGCUCCACGGGCCCAACGUGGACCCGCGCGGGCAGCCGCUGGUGCUCAUCAAGCACCGCGCCUCGGACGAGUCGUUUGCCAAGGUGGAGGCGGUGCUCCGCUGCCUGGGGUCCAAGCACGUGUACCUGUCGGCGGCGGAGCACGACCGCAUCACGGCCGACACGCAGGCGGUGACGCACGCGGCCUUCCUGUCGAUGGGCAAGGCGUGGCACGCCAACCAGCAGUUCCCCUGGGAGGGGAGGCGGUACGUCGGGGGCAUCGAGAACGUCAAGAUCAACCUGAUGCUGCGCAUCUACGCGCAAAAGUGGCACGUCUACGCCGGCCUGGCCAUCCUCAACCCGGAGGCGCACAAGCAGAUCAGCCAGUUCGCCCGGUCGACGACGGAGCUCUUCUACCUCAUGCUCGAGGGCCGCCGCGACGAGCUGCGCGAGCGCGUCUACGCGGCCAAGGAGAAGGUCUUUGGGCGCGAGGACUGCCCCAAGUGGGGGGAGCGGCCGCUGCUGCCCGUCGGGGUGCUGGACCGCUUCAGCCUCAACGCCGACGCGAACGCGACGAGCAACGCCCCGCCCAUGCCCAACAACCACCUCUCGCUCCUGGCCAUGGUCGACUGCUGGAGCGCGCUGGGGAUCGUGCCGUACGACCACAUGAUCUGCUCCACCCCGCUCUUCCGCCUCUGGCUGGGCGUCGCCGAGCACCUGUUCCGGACGCCCGGCCUGCUGGACGAGAGCCUGCGGGUGGGCAUCGAGGACACGUCCUUCCGCAGGGACGACCUGCAGUUCACCAUCGCCGCGUCCGGGUGGGCCGAGUGCGUCGCGCUGCGCCAGUUCGACACCUGGCGGGAGCGGUUCGAGGUCACGCAGAAGUUCUUCGAGCCCCGCUUCAAGGGCGCCAUCGAGAUGGGCCAGGCCAUGAUCAAGGCGGUGCUGGAGAGUGAUAAGGAGGGAGGGAGUGGGUGAGUGAGUGAGCGGCGGCCGGAAGCAGCGCGAGCAAGGUCAGUCAGUCAAGUUAAUCUUGCAUGGUGCGUGGAGCUACGAGCAUAUGAACAUAUAUCUAUUAGUGCUUCUUAGAAGUCAAACGACGUACAUAUAUAUACGUUGCUUCACUGACAGACGUCCUGAGCUGGGCACCAGGGAGAAAUUAG